AUGUCCGCGGCCGCGACCGCGCCCAGGGGGACUCAUCCGACCGGCGCGCCGUCGCUCUCCAAGGUCGUGGACAAGGCGGUGACGAACCGCGCGGUCGUGGACUCGCCGUUCGCGCCCGGGCAAGACACGCUCUGGACGCGCGUCAUCGCGCAGAACAAGAAGGACGCGAAGGAUCGAGGCGACGCGUCCGCGCGCCCCGACGCCGCGUGCUUCGUCGUCGGCGCCGCGCGAUCGGGGAAGAGCACGCUCGUAUCCCGGUUCCUGUUCCCGGACAAGCGCGAUGCGCCCAAGCCGACGGAGGGGAUGGAGUACAACUACGCGCGCAAGACGCACGCGACGAACGUGGAGCGGAAGGACGUCGCGCACGUCUGGGAGAUCGCGGGGUCGCGGCGAUUCGCCGACGCGUGCACGGAACAAGACAACGUCUUCAUGGGGAUGCGACACGUCACCACCGCGGUCGUCGUCAUCGUGCUGGAUCUCUCGAGACCGCACGAGGCGCUGCCGACGCUGGAGUAUUGGCUCGAGCGCGUAAAGUGUCGGACGCGCGCGACGUUCGCCAAGUUGGAGAAGCGCGGGAGCAAACUUCCAGAGCAGCUCAGGACGCGGAGCGCCAAGACGUUCGGACAAACGCAUGAGGAUGUCGGACAUGUCCGACACCUUGGCGUGACGGUCGUCGUCGUCGCGGCCAAGUACGACGCGUUCGAGCGCGCGGACGCGGAGCUGAAGAAGAUCAUGAGCCGCGCGCUGCGGCACGCGUGCCACGCGCACGGCGCGUCGCUGUUUUACACGUCGGGAUUAAACGCCGCCGCCGCCGCCACGGGCGGGGGGGAAGACGAAACGUCAACCGUCGCGUCGCGUCGCGCUCGGUCCGCGGACGACCGCGAGGACGACGCGCGGCGGUUGAACCGCUUCCGCGCGUACCUCAACCACCUCGUGUUCGUCGGCGCGGACAAGCGGUAUCCGGGGAGGAUCGACCCGGAGAUCGAUUACGGCGGCGCGAUCACCGUCGUCGCCGGGAGCGAUCGGUUCGCGUCCAUAGGCGCGCCGAGGGGCGCGUCCGGGGGCGCGAGCGGCGGCGACGCGUCCGCGGCGUGGCGCGCGCUGUUCAGAGAGGCGUUCCCGCCGCCGAACGGCGACGGCGGGACGUGGGUCGGCGGCGGAUUCGGGAGCGACGACGGCGGCGAUGUGAAGAACAGGGGGUGCCCGGAUUUGGGAAAAUAUCCGGAGCGCGAGGUGGACGCGGAGCGCGAACGGAAAGCCGAGGAGCUCGCGUCGUUCCGGAAGCGGCAGGCGAUGAUGAAGAGCGGGGGGAGCGCGGUCGCGUCCGCGGCGGCGACGCUGAGGGCGAAGGUCAAGAGCGGCGGCGGCGCGGCGUCUUCGCGGUCGUCGUCGUCGGCGUCGGCGGCGCCGGUUUCGUCGUCUCGAUCGUCGGCGUCGGCGGCGUCGGCGCCGAGCCGGGAACGGUCGAGCGCGACCGGGAGCGCCGCCGCGCGGCCGAGCAGCGCGCGGUCUGCGAGCGGCGUCGCGAGCUCGAGGCUGAACAGCGGACGGACGAGCGCGAGGGGGGGACCGGCCGCGCCGUCGUCCGCGCGACGCCCGACGAUGCGAUGACUUUUAAAACGUUCGAGCGAAGUCUUUUGGUUUUAAUAAGGUAAUGACAACCUCAUC